UUUAUUUUGACAAUAAUAUAAUAUGAACCCGGGAGAGCACAUAGAAGACCUUAUAAAUAAACAAAGUCAGAAUCACAGAAAUAUUGAAUUAAAGUGGAACGACCAGAAAUUGAAGAACGGAAUGCUAGAAAAUAAUGGAACCUAAUUCUUACCCCUUCCAAAAUUAUGAGAUGGAGGCUCCAUUUGCCGCCUCGUAUCCGCAAUCCAAACAGAGCAACGUAUUGGUCCACAAAUGCCGUUUCGAAAACAUUGAGUUCACUCAAAAGGUGGAAGAAAUAGUUACCGAGUUUCAGAACAAAGCCAGAAAUGAUCCAGAUUAUUUUUCAGAUAAUAACUCGAGAUUGUUAGUCUAUUGGGAAGAUGAUAGGGUAUGGUAUCACUGCAAAGUUCUCGGAUAUGAUAAGACUAGUGACAAAUUUAGCCUGAAGUACGACGAUGGGGUUCUGGAACAAGUGUCUCUUUGGAAUGAAACAUUUAUUACAUAUGACCAGUUCGCUCAAAGAAAGAACGAUAUCUCUGCAAAUCAAUAUUUGCAACAAAGCAGAGACACUCUUCAUACAGCAAGACACAAAGAACGCCACGCCAGAAGGCAAACUCGUCCCAGCUCAGAACCCAAGGUCGGCAAAGUUGUUGGUAGGACCCAGGUAGACACAUUCCUGAUUAUCGAAAAAGAGUACAUUGCUUCGGGAGACGGCUCUUCAAUCUCUAGUGAUGACAUGCAGUAUGAAGAAGAGGGCGCUCGGGCUGAAUACGAAAAUGCAUAUAUGCAGGGUCAAAAUGGUAAUGGGAAAGUGUAUGGUGUUGGUCAAAAUGAACCCAAUGAAGGCAAUCAUUAUCCCCAAGAUAUUAUGCAUUCCAGUGGUAGAUUCCCCACUGGAAAGGACCCCUAUAAUUCUUUGAUGAUGGAGAAUAGCAGGCAGAAUUUUAAUCAACUUAAGGAAAAUAACAGAGUAGAUGAAUCUGACUCAAGAAUGCAAUGGUACUCAAUGGAAGACAAUUCAAAUGCGGCUCCAAAGUUUGGACCAUUUGAAAUUACCAAAGCCCAAACAUCUAGAAAUCAAAGCCUAACAGAUGCUAUGAGUGUAGAAAAAUAAAGAAACCGAGCAGAUAUACACACCUGAGAACUUUAGUACUCUUUUUAAAGGUCAUCAGCAGCCUGCAUACGAUAUUUACGGGAAUCAAGUAAUGAGACCAAACUCUCAAAGAAAUCAUGAUAGAGAAACCUCUAUGCAUAGAUCCUCAAGCAGGGAUGCCUCAGGGAUCACACCAGAAUGGAUGAAAUCCUGAAGGCAGAAUCAUAUGAUGCCCAGUGCCACUAGAAUCAUUAAAGACAUGAAAGCACAUGAAAAGAAAUUUUAUGAGAGGUUCCUUUCAAGUGGAUAUAAGCUUUGCGAGUGCCAAAUCUGACAAAAAUUAGAACUAAAAUUUUUAAUCAAAGAGGAUAGUGAUCCUAAUGACUUUUUCCACCUGCAUCAAGCCUAUCUGCAUAAGAAAAUUGAGAGAGAACAUAUUCAGUCAAAAGACGGGGUCUACCAAAAUCAUACAAUAAUCCUUCUUAAUAAAGAAAAUUCAUAA